UAUUCCUCACUCCCCACAGAACGCUCACCUCACCGGCCCAUUCUCCAGGCUGGACUCCCAGCCAAUACUACUGUUCACGUUGGAGAAGACGCUCGCUUUGUCUGCAAGGUCUACAGUGAUGCACAACCUCACAUCCAGUGGCUGAAACAUAUCACUCAGAAUGGCAGUGGAUAUGCCCCAGAUGGAAACCCCUAUGUUCGCGUGCUAAAAACCGCAGGUGUUAACACUACAGAUAAGGAGAUAGAAGUUCUCUACUUGUCCAAUGUAACAUUUGAAGAUGCUGGGGAGUAUACAUGCUUGGCGGGUAAUUCUAUUGGGCUCUCCUAUCACACUGCUUGGUUGACGGUGCUUCCAGCCAUUGAGCAAACCCCAGGGCCUUUCUCUCCAGAUUAUGUAGAGAUUGCAAUAUACUGCGCCGGUGUGUUCCUCAUCGCCUGCAUGGUCGGCAUUGUGGUGGUGUGUCGCAUGAGGAAUACCGCAAAGAAACCAGACUUUGGAGGCCAACCAGCGGUUCACAAGCUGAGCAAGCAGAUCCCUCUGCGCCGCCAGGUGUCUGCAGAUUCAAGCUCCUCAAUGAACUCCAGUACACCUUUGGUACGAAUCACAACGCGUCGGAGCUCGGCGCACGAUGAACCCAUCCCCGAGUAUGACCUUCCUGAGGAUCCACGCUGGGAGUUUGCUCGAGACAGGUUGACCUUGGGCAAACCUCUUGGAGAAGGCUGCUUUGGCCAAGUUGUAAUGGCAGAGGCCCUGGGCAUCGAUAAGGACAAACCUAAGGAAGCUGUAACUGUCGCUGUCAAGAUGUUGAAAGAUGACGCCACCGAAAAGGACCUGUCUGACCUGGUGUCAGAGAUGGAGAUGAUGAAGAUGAUUGGCAAACACAAGAACAUCAUUAAUCUUCUGGGGGCCUGUACACAAGAUGGUCCUCUAUAUGUGAUAGUGGAGUACGCCUCAAAAGGCAACCUUAGGGAGUACCUACGAGCACGUCGGCCACCGGGCAUGGAAUACUCCUACGACAUUGCCCGUGUCUCCGAUGAACAGCUCACCUUUAAAGACCUGGUGUCCUGCACUUACCAGGUGGCACGGGGCAUGGAGUACUUAGCAUCUCAGAAGUGUAUUCACAGAGACCUGGCUGCCAGAAACGUCCUGGUCACAGAAAGCAACGUGAUGAAGAUUGCUGACUUUGGCCUGGCCAGAGACGUCCAUAACAUCGACUACUAUAAAAAGACGACCAAUGGUCGUCUCCCGGUAAAAUGGAUGGCACCAGAAGCACUAUUUGAUCGGGUCUACACACACCAGAGUGACGUCUGGUCAUUUGGGGUGCUGAUGUGGGAGAUCUUCACCCUCGGGGGUUAAACCUCCUCUGGCAUGCCUGUUGAAGAGCUCUUCAAGCUGCUUAAAGAGGGCCAUCGCAUGGACAAGCCUGGAAACUGCACCAAUGAGCUGUACAUGAUGAUGAAAGACUGCUGGCACGCUAUCUCAUCCCAUAGACCCACUUUCAAGCAGCUGGUGGAGGAUCUGGACCGAAUCCUCACCCUCAACACCAACGAGGAGUAUCUGGACCUGUGUGCCCCAGCAGAGCAGUAUUCUCCCAGCUUCCCAGACACUCGCAGCUCCUGCUCCUCCAGUGACGACUCUGUCUUUUCCCAUGAUCCUCUACCGGACGAGCCCUGCCUCCCCAAGUACCAGCACAUCAACGGAAACGUUAAAACAUGAGCCCGACAACUACCUACCCUCUCAACCCUCAACGCAACCAGACAGUCUCACCUUGGACUAUCCUCAAAUACACAGCCAGUCACUAACUCUGACAUCCACUAACCAACCUCCUCGGCUCCCACUGGACCCGAGGAGUCGCGGCUGGAUGCAGCGCAGCUGUUGCGCAACCACACUGCCUUGCGCACUUACACUACAUGCACACACAAGGUCUUAAAAGAGAGGACCGGGACCCCACAGAGGCUGUUUCUUUACGGACUGAAUAGACUGGCGUUGGCGGGGAAGCCGCCUCCUCUCCCUUCAUGUAAAUACACAGACUUUUAAUUAUGGUUUCAUUUUUGUAACCAGAGAGGCAUUGCUAGUUGUGUGAUCCCAUUCCAGAGGCAAGCGUUCUUGGACUGCUGUUUGCUUCUGGAGGAAUGUAUGGAUCCAUGUGAAAAAAAGAAAGAAAAAGAAACAAGGGAUGUGAAGACGAGGACUAAUAGGAGAAAGACAGAGCGCAGACUAACAAAGGAGAGGAACGGGAGGAGAAGACAUAUAGGAAACACUCUCCUCUCUAUUUUGUAAUAUUGAUGCAUUUCUUUUUCAGUUCUCUUGAUAAACCUUCCCGAAUAUUCUGGAGAGAAAUACACAGUAUAAUGUAUAGUGCUGGGUAUGUUUGUAAAUAUAUUCAAAUAUGUAUAAAUAUAUAUUAUAUAUUUACAAUGAAUUAUUUUUUGUAUGGAAUAUGAAAUAACCCCAUCCCUUUAGACCCUACCAUGUGUUUAAGACAGGAAUAGUAACAGGUUAGAUGUACUUUAUUUCUCUAAACACGCACACACACACACGUGACCACACACUUUCACACACACACAAAUACCUGUUUUACUCUCAUUUAGUAACACAGAUGAGUAUUGGCUUUCAGGGACUGAGGUAGCAUGUUAAUUUAUUGACUUAUUUGUUUUUGAAAUUAUUCAAAAAGUUUUGGUAAAAAAAAUGAACAAAAACAUAAGUGAUCACAUUAAUGUCGCUGACGGUACAUAAUUAAUCCAUUAAAUUUAUAGUAAUUUAAAAUGACUUUCAGCAGUAACCGAAAAGAAGCUAUUUUUUGUAGGUUUUAUUUGAAAGCUCCAGGUUUUGUAAUUUUUAUAUAUGAACUUGAAUUUAAGUUAAAUUUAUAAAAAAAAAGUGUACAUUUUUAUAGUCAGCUAAUCCCUUCCUUGUGUAGACUACGAUGCCAUAUCCAGUCAUUUUACUCUGUCUUAGCUUUGCUUUAGGAAACCAGGACGAUCUCUGCACAUUCAUGUACGGUUAAAAAAAAAACAUUUUUGGGGAAAAAAACCUACAAACAAUCCGCUCCCUCAUUUAGACUUAAAUAUAGACUCCAAAUUAACACACAGAAUUGAAAGCUGAAAAACAAAGUAUUAAAUCAUUCAAGUGUUUGUUUUUUUUUCUACUGGACCAACUUUAAAAUGUUUUUGCAAGUGUUUAUGGCACAUUUGCGAAAUAAAUGACAAAUGAAUGAAAAGGAAAAAAAA